CGGAGCGCUUCCUACCUUCUCCGACGCCUCAUGGCCUUCUCUACGGCAGCUUGACGCUGCUGAGGAGAGGAGCAGAGAGGAGGAGAGAGGAGCUCCGUCGGCGGACCAGCGGGGAGAGCAGCGAGGUGAGGAAGCCCCAGCAGCCCCAGGAGAGCAAGAGUCGGACCGGCUGGACCCUCGGAGGAGGACCUGAGAGGGAACCACGUUGCCACGGGAGAGGCCUCAGUCCAGGGCUGCAGUAUGUUCACGUCAGUGAAGGCCUUCGAGGGGCAGCAGUACUCCACACUGAAGAGGCAGUGCCUGCAGAGUGGCCUCCUCUUUGAAGACCCCCGUUUCCCUGCAAUUGACGACUCACUCUUCUGCCAGGGCAACAGGAUCGGACGUGUGGUGUGGAAGAGACCCCGGGAGCUGUGUGAGGAUCCUCACCUGUUUGUCGAUGGCAUCAGUGCACACGAUCUGCACCAGGGGCAGCUGGGUAACUGCUGGUUUGUGGCUGCCUGCUCCAGCCUGGCCUCCAGAGAGUCACUGUGGCAAAAAGUCAUUCCUGACUGGAAGGAGCAGGAGUGGGACACAGAGAAGCCAGAAUCUUACGCUGGGAUUUUCCACUUCCGCUUCUGGCGCUUUGGUGAGUGGGUGGAUGUGGUGAUCGACGACCGGCUACCAACGGUGGACAAUCAACUAGUCUACUGCCACUCCAAUGACAGCAAUGAGUUCUGGAGUGCACUGGUGGAGAAGGCCUACGCUAAGGUUUAUGGUUGCUACGAGGCUCUGGACGGGGGAAACACGGCCGACGCUCUGGUCGACUUUACCGGCGGUGUCUCGGAGCCUGUGGACCUCCUGGAGGGUCAGAUGGCCACGGACGAAGCUGCUCGAAACCAGCUGUUUGAACGAGUCCUUAAAGUGCACAACAGAGACGGUCUGAUCAGUUGCUCCAUCAGGGCGACCACCAUAGAGGACAUGGAGGCCCGGCUGGACUGUGGCCUGGUCAAAGGCCACGCGUACGCCGUCACAGACGUGCGGAAAGUGCGGCUGGGUCACGGACUCCUGGCCUUCUUCAAGUCCGAGAAGCUUCACAUGAUUCGCAUGAGGAACCCGUGGGGGGAGAAGGAGUGGAGUGGGCCGUGGAGCGACAGUUCUGAGGAAUGGAACAAGGUCAGCAAGAGUGAGAGGGAGAAGCUGGGCGUCACUGUGCAGGACGACGGCGAGUUCUGGAUGACUUUUGACGACUUCUGCCAGUAUUUCACCGACUUGAUCCUGUGUCGCCUCAUCAACACGUCCUACCUGAGCAUCCACAAGACCUGGGAGGAGGAGGUGAUGAGGGGUUCCUGGGUCCAUCGCCAGGACCCGCUGCGGAACCGGUCGGGGGGCUGCAUCAAUCACAAAGCCACCUUUCUGCAGAACCCUCAGUAUGUGUUUGAUGUGAAGAAGUUGGAGGACGAGGUCUUGAUCUGUUUACAGCAGAAGGAGAAGAGGGCUACACCCAAAGAGGGCAAAAGUGAAAACCUGGCCAUAGGCUUCGAUAUCCACAGGGUGGAGUUAAACAGGAAGUACCGAAUGCACUCGGCCCAGCAGAAAGUGGCGGGUUCCAUCUACAUCAACUCGCGCUGUGUCUUCCUCAGAAAGGAGCUGAGGGAGGGCCGCUACGUCAUCGUCCCCACAACCUUUGACCCGGCGCAGCAGGGCGACUUCUUGCUGCGCGUCUUUACUGAUGUGCCUUCAGACUGCAAAGAGCUGACUCUGGAUGAGCCUCCUCAGACGUGUUGGACAGGCAUGUGUGGCUACCCUCAGCUGGUCACUCAGGUCCACGUGCUGAACGCUGAGGGUCUGCAGGGGCCGGAAUCCAACGGAGCCGUCAAUCCCUACGUGAUCAUCACCUGUGAAGGAGAAAGAGUUCGUUCUCCCGUUUAUAAGGACACGCGGUGCCCAAAUUUUGACAUCAAAGGCCUGUUCUACCGCAAGAAACCCAAGGACGGGAUCCACGUGGAGAUCUACAACAGGAACAUGAUCGUGGACACCUUCCUGGGUCAGGUGAUCCUGUUCAGUGACCCCAACGAGCGGCAGGAGCAGCACACGCUUCAUCUCCGUGACAAGGGCAACCGCCAGGACAACGACCUCCCGGGCACGCUCGCUGUGCGCCUCAUUACCUCCACCACUCUCACCAACAUCUGAGGUCAUUUGUGGUUUAAUCAACCCUCAAAGUGGCAUUUUAUUCUCCAACUUUACAUCAUCUUCCCACCGUCACGGGUGUCUUUUCUGUUCUCCUCGUGUUCUUUCAUUUGUUCUUUAUUAUCGUCUCACAUUAUUUUAUUUUUUUUUUCAGGCCUUUUGUCUCUUUUUGGACUUAUUCUUAAUCUCAGUUUCUGUCUUCAACGUGUGUUGAGACAUGAGAUUUGUUCCCAAAUUUGUCAAAAGUCAAAAUAGUCCAGUGAUGGGUUUGGGUUACACUCUGAUCUGUAAUCUGAACUUUAUUGAAGACAGACUCUUUCUCCUUCUCCUUGUUGUUUCAGCUUGACACACACACACACACACAGUGCACAGACAAUAUGUAUGCAGACGAUUCUGCUCUCUUCAUGCAUGUGCCAAUGAUCCCAAGGGCUAUGCAUUGCCUUAAGGCUGUCUAUGUUAAAGAGACAAGAGGAUGUGUUGAUCUUUUUGUUUUCCAUUACUUUUUCCUUAACUUCCCAUCAAACCUCUGUCUGUUUUUUGGGGGGGGUUUACCCUUGGUUGAUCACCUAGCGUAAACCCACCCAGACAAGACCCAGGUCUCCUACAUUUUGUCAGAGCAUUGAAAAGCAUGCAGCACUCUGUGUCACUUUCUUACAUAUGAUAGCCAACAGCAGCGACUCUCUCUCCCUCUCUCUCUUGCUCUCUCGCUCUGUUGUGACCCCAUGUUCCAUCAACUUCCACCUGAAUCUCUCCCAAACGCUUUCUUCCGGUUGCUAUGGACGAUCUAUAAAACCUAGCAUGGCUAAAAAAAAAAA